GUAUAGGUAGAUCUCCGGUCACAGUUAGGGGUUCGGCCGAUAUUUGUGUUAAGAAAUUCAUUUAAUAUAUAUAAAUAAUCUAUUCAGAACCUAAUAAACAGAAAAGGUUGUGAUCUAAAUAGAACCCAUAACUAAAGUGUCGGAUCUACCUCUGAUACAAAAUGGGUUUAGGGUUCAGCUCAUACAAGCAAUGUAAACACAAAUAAAUUGAAUUACUUUUAGAUUAACUUUAUAGCAUCAUUAUGAGGAAAUAGUAAUGCCCAUUAACACAAUGUAUAGGAAAUCAUUUUUUUUUUCUUGGUAAUAUUUCUUUUAUUUCUAAGAAGUAAGAAACUUAGGAAUGGUAGGUACUACCAACUUAAAGUUCUAGUCUAGGCAUAGAUAAGAGAGUGAUGUGAAAAAAGCUAGUGAAAGAAUUGGAAAGAAGUCAUUUCCUUUUGACAGAAGAAGUGCUAUAAUAGUAUCGUGAUUUGGAAAGACGUCUGCAUCAGAGACUUUGAUUGCUAUAUUGUGCUUCACUUUCUGUGAGGAUGCUGAAUAUCCCUCCCAACCAAGUUGCAGGACACCAAGGAGGCAAGGGGAAGCUUGGUCCCCUUGUGGAUGAAUCAGGACGUUUCUACAAGCCUCUCCAAGGCGAUGAACGAGGGUCGAAUGAGCUUAAAUUCUACACAUCAUUCUCUUCCGACACUAGGAUUCCAGAACACAUCUCCAAAUUCUUCCCUACCUUUCAUGGCACUCAGCUCAUAGAGGCAUCCGAUGGAUCUGGCUUGAAACCCCAUUUAGUUUUACAGGAUCUCUCUGUUGGUCGAGUCAAUCCAUCAAUUGUGGAUAUUAAAAUUGGUUCAAGAACCUGGCCACCGGAAGCAUCCGAGGAGUACAUCCAGAAGUGUUUGAAAAAAGAUAGAGAGACAUCAAGCCUUCCGUUAGGAUUCAGGUUAUCAGGGAUACAAAUCUAUGGAAACAAAGAAUCAGGUUACUGGAAACCCGAAAGGACUACAAUGCAGAACCUUCCUGCAGAGGAAGUCAAGUUAAUCCUGAAAAAGUUUGUUUCUUCUAAUACGUCGACUGGCAUGUACUCGCCACCAGAUUGUGCUUUUGCAGCAACUGUUUAUGGCGGUUCUACUGGCAUUUUAUCUCAGUUACUAGAGCUGAAAGCGUGGUUCGAGGAUCAAACCAUGUACCAUUUUUAUUCUUGCUCAAUUCUGAUGACGUUUGAAAAAGGACUUGCAUUGGAAGGACAGAAUCCAGGUGGACAAAUCAAGUUGAUUGAUUUUGCUCAUGUUAUUGAAGGAAGAGGUGUCAUUGAUCAUAACUUCUUGGGGGGUCUCUGCUCUUUGAUAAAGUUCAUAUCUGAAAUUCUUACUGCUCCAAAUGAGUACACAACAGAAGUUUCCUCAGACCCUGAUCAAAAGAGCCUUAUUUCCUCUGAUAAUGGUUUCAACUGAUUCUGCUUCAAACCAAGUUGCGAAUCACAACUUUUUUGUAGGAAUUUUUAUUCUGAAAUUGCUGUUACCCCAAUUGUUAAUCUCUUCUGGACUCCUCAUCACAAUUAAACUUCUCUUUCAAGUAUGAUGUUCUAUUUAAUUUCAUUUUAAUAUAUAGUAAUUUAUUUUUUCAAA